AUGUCUUCGCGAGCCCUCCGCAAACUACAGCGGGAGCAGGAGUUGCAGAGACAGGUUGAGGCUGCGAGAAAGGCAUACGAGGAAGCGGAAGAGUCAGAAGAGGACGAUGAUAUCCCGGAGCCACCCUCCCGGCCUAUGAAUGCUUUUGACAUGCUGGAGGAUAUUGAGGAUGCAGGUGAUUCUGACGAACAUGAAUACGAGGCCAUCACACGCGCAGAUGCUACAGAAACCCCCGAGACCAAGCCAUCCCAAGAUUCAAUAUCAACACCCCCUACCAAGUCGAAGAAGAAAAAGAAGAAAUCCAAGAAGAAAGGCAAGGCCAAAGAAGAAGCACAGAAAGAUCAGGAGGAGCAAUCUGGCGACGAAAUUGACCGGGCACUGAAAGAGUUGGCUGCAAAAGAAGGACGAGCACAGGCGGCGUCUGCUGUGAAACAAGAGACACCUACCUUUGAGACGAGAGCCACCAGGCUUCUAGGCAUAGAUUCGCACAACCUCAAUCCUGUCAACGAAAUGAAAAGCCUUUUCGGGAGCAUUGCACUUGAAGGGCAAGAGUCUCGCUCGGCGCCUCGAGCACCACGCCGUCGAGAACAGAACCAGCGGGGUGGCGUUGAUCUUGCGACUGCACUUACGGGGAGAUAUUGUGCGGCGAGCAAGGGAAAAGAGCUAGGAUCUCUCGCACACAGGCGGAAUGUCUUUGUCCAGGGCAAAGAAGAGUGGCCCUUGGCCACGAGUGGAGGAUUGAGCAUGGAAUUGGUCAAAUCAGACUCUGAUUCGAGGGAUUCGUCCGAGAAGCGAUAUAACAUCAUACACCAAAACGCCUAUCGCGAGACUCAGGUUUAUUUCUGCAUGGCUGUCGAAUCAAUGGAUCCUCAAAGAAUGAUCGGCAUGUUAUCUAUGUACCCUUACCAUAUUGCAACUCUCCUCCAAGUCUCGGAAAUCGCGAAACACCAGGGCGACAACGCUGUCUCGGGAGAUCUUGUUGAACGUGCGUUGUUCUCAUUUGGCAGAUCGGCACACAGCACCUUCCCAGCCUCUCUGAGAAGCGGCAUUGCUCGUGUGCCAUUCAACGACCCAGCCAACCGAGAACUAUAUCUUGCAAUCUGGCGAUACAUCAGAAAUCUCGAGAUGCGGGGGACGUGGCGGACAGCGUUUGAAUGGUCUAAGGUCCUUCUUCAGCUCAAUCCGCUGACGGAUCCCUAUGGAGCCACCCUUAUGAUCGAUCAACUUGCCUUGAGAGCCCGACAACACGCUCAACUUAUUGCGCUCUGCUCGGACGAUGCAUAUGGCCAAGCGUGGGAUUUUCUGCCCAAUAUUCAAAUUUCUCUGGCACUCGCCUAUCAGCGGUCCGGCAAUCCACGUGAGGCGCGUACUCGUCUCGCCGUUGCGAUGCACAAAUACCCUUACAUCUUAUCUGCUCUGGCUUCGGCACUCGACAUCUCGCCGCUACCCAAGUCCCUCUGGGCGAAGUUACCAUCCACUGACGCUGAAAAGCUUUACACUCAACUUUACGUCACUCGUGCAAAGGAUCUGUGGAACACCCCCGAAACUAUCAGCCUCCUCGCCGAGGUAGCGGAAACCCUUUCUCACUACAGCGACGCGAUCUCGGCAGCUCCAAAGGCGCCGAAGCUGGAGAUUUCACUCGAAGAAGCCAGGCAUAUCAUGCUCCUCGAAAUCCCGUCGUUGAUCGCCCUCCUCCCACGUCGGUUUACGAGUAUGCGUACUUCGUCAUCCGAUGUCCUCCCUCCCCCAGACUCCUUGUCUGACUAUGUCGUUCGAGCACCGGGCCUUGGUCGUUCGCGAGGGACUGAUGGAACUAUGCAAACUAUCUUCAAUGCUGCAGGUGCGACUGCGGGCACCGCGGGCAGCCUCCUUACACGUAUCAUGAACUGGUUCCAGACACCGGUCUCUGCAGAAGGCGCGAACACCGGAGGUGAGUCGGAAGGCCAGGCUGCCCUUCGCGCAUUGCAAGAGCAACUCGGGGGUAAUAUUCCGCCGGAAAUGAUUGAGGAGCUCCUGAGGAUCCAUCUGGAUGAAGCCGAGGAGAUAGAAGAAGGCGUUACCCCUGAGGGAUUAGGGAUGGCUGGUGGGUGGGACUAUUAUAUGGAUGCGAAUUCCAACAAUUCGACAGCUGACGACGACGAUGAUGACGGCAUGCCUGACUUGGAGAGCAUUCCCGACGACGAAGCGACCACGAUCCAAACGGGACAGUCGCAUCCCCCGCACUCAGCCAUGGUGGAAGAUGCUGACGAAGAAGACGAGGGCGCUCAAGACAGAUCACCUCAACGUGUCCUGAUUGGCGGUCAUGCGGUGUUACGACACGUUGAUUCGGACGCGGAAGAGGAGGAAGUCGAGGAAGCGGGCGAGAGUCGCGCGCUUCUAGCUCUCCGGGCUCAAGAACCGCAGCUUCAUCACAAGGUGCAAACGACUCUACCACAAGUGGUGCUACACCCUCCUCCUCCUCCUCCUCCUCCUCCAACCAAGAUCAAGAUCAAGAAUACCUCGACCCUCAACGCCUACAACGCUGGCUCCUCACCAACGGGCUUAGUGAUCUCCAGUCCAACCCGACGAAUCCGCAGACGUUGCAAACAUAUUUGA